AUGGAGUUGGAUGAUCUGAUCUACGAAGAAGGCUGUGCCAGUCUAAGGUUCAAAUCAGUACCGGUUCAGGCUUUCGAGAUACGGGUUUUCGAGGUUCGCUGUGACACUGAUAUUGAUAUUGAAACCCACAAGACUAAUAUCGCACAGUCUGGCAGAGCAGACUGGCAAGAAUCUGUGAUUUCUCACGAACAAGGAAUCCUUCGGAUUCGGCCAUGGCUUGAUGCUCAAGUGGACUUCAAAAGUGCAAGGCAUAUCAACCAUGACCCAUCUCGUAUUAUUGGCGGGCUUCGUCUGCUUGUCCAGAAGUGGACCAGAGAGGAUGGUGCUCUAGACGCGGACGUGCCGAUUAUGCCGUUCUUGAAAUCCGAUUUGACCAGAUUAUGGAACAGCUCUGUCUACCGCGUUCCUUCCCACUGGACUUCGCCCGCUGUCAGCAAAUACCAGCAGAUACUUGAGGACAGGCUCGCCAUCACUUGUCAGAGUCCCCGACUGCAGACUUGCAUGACCCUGGUCUUGUCCCACGAUCCAAGAAAAAAGAACACAAGUGGCUUCUUUGGGUAUACGCAGGACGAAGGUGACAAGGUUCUGGCGACAUUGAAGAAGAGCGCUCAUCUUGCGUUGCAUCCGCUGCUGAUCCCAGCGCUAAUUCACAGCGCCUGGUUCAAGAUCAUGUUCGAUCAAUAUGCACAAACACAUCGCGAGUUGAGGUUGGUGCAGCAAAACACUGACUUCAUGGUAAUGUUGCUUAACGAUGGUCGAUCGCAAAUGAGUAAUUUCGACAGAGAGAUCCGGAACACCAAUGAUUCCAUCCGCAGGGCCAUGAUCGAGCAGCAUGCCCAGCUAUCGACAGCUUUAUCCGACUUUGUUGGCAAGCUUGGAUCCGCUCUUGCAGAGGGGUUAGAGCUUGUCAGAAAGCUCUAUCCUGCAGCAUAUAAAGAUUAUGGUCUCGAAGCUUACAUCAAACAUUGGAUCUCGAGGACAGAGCGCCAGCUCGAGCAUCGAGAACAGCUUUUGAAACGCAUUGAUGUACAGAUUCAAGUGCUGUAUACCUUCAUGCAGCAAGCUGACAGUCGAACCAACAUCCAUAUUGCUGAAGAUACCCGCAAGGAUAGCUCCGCCAUGAAAAGUCUUGCUCUUAUAACAACCAUCUUUCUGCCCACGACGGCACUAGCGACCAUCUUCAGUGUUAGCUCGUUCUUCUCGGAUGCGGCAGACGGAUCCGGACGUCUCGUUGUAUCCUCUCAAUUUUGGAUUUUUUGGGCCGUAGCCGCCCCUAUCACCUUCUUCACCGUCGUGCUGUGGUUUAUCUGGAUCAACCGAAAAGAGGUCAAAAAGUUCAGAGAUACUUAUAAGCAUCGAUUUUCUGAUGAAGAUGUCGAGCGGACACAUGAUAGCUCAUCGGACUCGGAUCGGAGUACGAGCAGAAAUCCAGCUCAAGCCAGUCGUUCUCGAAGAGAUUACGGAGGGGGUACUGAUGAACGGGCUCAUGCAUCCUAA